CCUCUCCCGGGGGUCUGGGACACCCUCGUGCGCGGAGCAAGGCUGAAGGAGGCUCUUUCAGCGCCAGUAGGUGACCUGCGCGGAGGCGGGCGUGGGCGCACCCCGGACGCCCCACGACCGACCGCUGCGAGGCUGGGGAGGAGACCCGACACAGCCCUGAUCCCCUUUGCUGUGCUGAGAGACAGGAUCUGAACUACCUCCCAGCCUGAGAAAAGAUGGCCCCACUCCAGGGUGUCCAGCUCAGGUGAGGGGCGAUGGCAGACAGGACGUGACCCGCACGGACCCUUCUCCACACACCGAGUGGCACCACCAUGCAGAAGCCCAGCGGCCUGAAGCCCCCCGGCCGUGGGGGGAAGCACUCGAGCCCCGUGGGCCGGACGUCCACUGGGUCGGCCUCUGUGUCUGCGGCGGCGGCGGCGGCCACCGGCUCCAAGGAAGGCUCCCCGCUGCACAAGCAGGCCUCCGGCCCGGUUGCCGCCGCCCCCGCCCCCGCCGAGAAGCCGGGCCCCAAGGCGGCCGAGGUGGGCGAUGACUUCCUGGGGGACUUCGCGGUGGGCGAGCGGGUGUGGGUGAACGGCGUGAAGCCCGGCGUGGUGCAGUACCUGGGCGAGACGCAGUUCGCGCCGGGCCAGUGGGCCGGCGUGGUGCUGGACGAGCCGGUGGGCAAGAACGACGGCGCGGUGGGCGGCGUGCGCUACUUCGAGUGCCCGGCCCUGCAGGGUAUCUUCACGCGGCCCUCCAAGCUCACCCGGCAGCCCACGGCCGAGGGCUCGGGCAGCGACGCGCACUCGGUGGAGUCGCUCACCGCCCAGAACCUGUCGCUGCACUCGGGCACGGCCACGCCACCGCUCAGCAGCCGGGUCAUCCCGCUGCGGGAGAGCGUCCUCAACAGCUCGGUCAAGACCGGGAACGAAUCUGGCUCCAACCUCUCGGACAGCGGUUCCGUGAAGCGUGGUGACAAGGACCUGCGCCUGGGAGACCGCGUGCUGGUUGGCGGGACGAAGACUGGCGUGGUGCGGUACGUGGGGGAGACAGACUUUGCCAAGGGCGAGUGGUGCGGCGUGGAGCUGGACGAGCCCCUUGGGAAGAAUGAUGGGGCGGUGGCGGGCACCAGGUACUUCCAGUGCCCACCCAAGUUUGGUCUCUUCGCGCCCAUCCACAAGGUAAUCCGCAUCGGCUUCCCGUCCACCAGCCCAGCCAAGGCCAAGAAGACCAAGCGCAUGGCCAUGGGUGUCUCGGCACUGACCCACAGCCCCAGCAGUUCCUCUAUCAGCUCCGUCAGCUCUGUGGCCUCCUCCGUGGGGGGCCGGCCCAGCCGCAGCGGACUGCUCACGGAGACCUCCUCGCGCUAUGCCCGCAAGAUAUCGGGCACGACUGCCUUGCAAGAGGCGUUAAAGGAAAAGCAGCAGCACAUCGAGCAGCUACUGGCUGAGCGGGACCUGGAGCGGGCCGAGGUGGCCAAGGCCACGAGCCACAUCUGUGAAGUGGAGAAGGAAAUCGCCCUGCUUAAGGCGCAGCACGAGCAGUAUGUUACAGAAGCUGAGGAGAAGCUGCAGCGGGCCCGGCUGCUGGUGGAGAGCGUGCGGAAGGAGAAGGUAGACCUGUCCAACCAGCUGGAGGAGGAGAGGAGGAAGGUGGAGGACUUGCAGUUCCGAGUGGAGGAGGAGUCCAUCACCAAGGGAGACCUGGAGACCCAGACGCAGCUGGAGCACGCACGCAUCGGGGAGCUGGAGCAGAGCCUGCUACUGGAGAAGGCGCAGGCCGAGCGGCUGCUCCGAGAAUUAGCGGACAACAGGCUGACCACGGUGGCCGAGAAGUCGCGUGUGCUGCAGCUGGAGGAGGAACUGCACCUUCGGCGUGGCGAGAUCGAGGAGUUGCAGCAGUGCCUGCUGCACUCGGGCCCCCCGCCCGCCGAGCACCCCGAGGCCGCCGAGACCCUGCGGCUGCGGGAGCGGCUGCUGACGGCCAGCAAGGAGCGCCAGAGGGAGAGCGGCGCGCUGCGGGACAAGUACGAGAAGGCGCUGCGGGCCUACCAGGCGGAGGUGGAGAAGCUCCGGGCGGCCAACGAGAAGUACGCCCAGGAGGUGGUGGACCUCAAGGCCAAGGUCCAGCAGGCCACCAGCGAGAACAUGGGGCUCAUGGACAACUGGAAGUCCAAGCUGGACUCGCUGGCCUCGGACCACCAGAAGUCCCUGGAGGACCUCAAGGCCACCCUGAACUCGGGCCCGGGUGCCCAGCAGAAGGAGAUCGGGGAGCUGAAGGCCGUGAUGGAGGGCAUCAAGAUGGAGCACCAGCUGGAGCUGGGCAACCUGCGGGCCAAGCACGACAUCGAGACCGCCAUGCACGUCAAGGAGAAGGAGGGGCUGCGGCAGAAGCUGCAGGAGGCCCAGGAGGAGGUGGCCGGGCUGCAGAAGAACUGGCGGGCCCAGCUGGAGAUGCAGGCCAGCCAGCACCGUCUGCAGCUGCAGGAGGCCCAGGACCAGCGCCGCGACGCCGAGCUGCGGGUGCACGAGCUGGAGAAGCUGGACGUGGAGUAUCGGGGCCAAGCGCAGGCCAUCGAGUUCCUCAAGGAGCAGAUCUCCCUGGCUGAGAAGAAGAUGCUGGACCACGAGCUGCUGCAGCGGUCGGAAGCCCAGAGCAAGCAGGAGGCCGAGAGGCUGCGGGAGAGGCUUCUGGUGGCCGAAAACAGACUGCAGGCCGUUGAGUCCCUGUGCUUGUCCCAGCACGGCAACGUAGGCGGCCACCUCUCCUGCGGGGAGAUGAUUGAGUCCAACGACAUUUCAGGGGAGAAGGUCAGGAUGAAGGAGACUAUAGAGGGCCUGCAGGACAAGCUGAACAAGAGGGACAAAGAGGUGACAGCCUUGAUGUCCCAGACCGAGAUGCUCAGGGCCCAAGUAAGUGCACUGGAGACAAAGUGCAAGACGGGAGAAAAGAAGGUGGAUGCCCUCCAGAAGGAGAAGCGGCGCUUGGAGGCAGAGCUGGAAGCCAUGUCCCGAAAGACCCACGACGCCUCAGGCCAGCUGGUCCUCAUCAGCCAGGAGCUGCUCCGGAAGGAGCGGAGCCUGAACGAACUUCGAGUGUUGCUGCUGGAGGCCAAUCGCCACUCACCGGGGCCCGAGAGGGACCUGAGUCGCGAGGUCCACAAGGCUGAGUGGCGGAUCAAGGAGCAGAAACUCAAAGAUGAUAUCCGGGGCCUGCGAGAAAAGCUGACCGGGCUGGACAAAGAGAAGUCCCUGUCGGACCAGAGGCGCUACUCCCUCAUUGACCCGUCCUCGGCGCCCGAGCUCGAACGGCUGCAGCACCAGCUGAUGAGCACAGAAGACGCGCUGCGGGACGCGCUGGACCAGGCUCAGCAGGUGGAGAAGCUCAUGGAGGCCAUGAGGAGCUGCCCAGACAAGUCCCAGGCCAUCAGCAAUUCCAGUUCUGCAAACGGCAUCCAUCAGCAAGACAAGGGCCACAAACAAGAGGAGAAGCACUGACCCCGAGGGACACCGCGGAGCGGCCCGGUCCACCCCAGAACCCCUGCAGCCUGCGGCGCCCGGAACCCCGGCGGCGCCCCCUCCAGGCAGGGGCCAGGACUGUCACUUUGGAGACAAGAACAGUGUUUGUAACAAUAACGUGCCCACUGCCUCGGACAAUCCCCCACCCCCGACCCCCCUGCCGGACCAGGAGGCUUCCUCAAGCACGACCUUCCACAGAGAGCGGUACAGUCCUGGCCUGGUCCCCGGGACUUUCGGCCUGGACACCCUGGACCCCCCGGCAGUUUCUGGAGCUUGUUUGGGGGAGGCCGAGGUGACCUGGCCAGGCCCCCCCCUCCCCAGAAGGAGCUGCCCUGAGGACCAUUUUGGCACCCCGGGCAUGUCUCUGCCCUCCCUUUUUUCUCUUCCUUCUCCCGGGUUCCCCUGAGACCCCAGAGAGCCACUGUCCCGGGAAAGGGUCAGAGGAGGCCCCACUAGGCACCGAGGAGGCCAGUCCAGUCCUCGGGAGCCAGGCGGGGACCCCCUUUCCUGCAGCCCCCAGGCUUCUUGUCCCCACAAACAGUGGUACAAACCCCCUCAGCCCCUCUGCCCAGCGAGGCCCGGGUUCAAGGUACUGGGGGGGGGACAAGGUCCUUCUCCCCCCCACCCUCCAGCACCCAACUCACACGUAGCUCCAAGCUGCUGGCCAGAGGGUUGCCACCAGGGCCAGGAGCCACAGUAUUAGGAAAGUUUGGAAGCCCCUCCCCUCAUCCCCCACCACACCUGGCUUGGCGCUGGGGCCGGGGGGCUGCUGGGGAGCCCAGACCCAGGGCUCUAGGCAUGUUCUGACCGGUCAGUCAGGUGGUGUCCCCGGGGCGGACUAGCUGUUCCCCAAACCGGGCCUCUCACCUGCCGACACAGCCAGGCAGGCUCUGACCUAGACACGCCCCGACUUUGGCGUCCGCCCAGAGGGGUCCCGCACGCAUGCGCGGCCAUGUGGGCGGGGCGUUUGCCGCCAGAAGAUGCACACGCUCAGGUCUCGGGAUCGAGCCCCCGGCCCGGCAGUGCCGUGUCCUCGCACACUGCGCACGUUCCUGCAGCCCAGCUGUGUGCAUACACACCCAGGUACGCGUGGCUGAGUGUUCAGGGACAGGCGUGCCAGGCACACUCAUCAGAAGGCACUUAUACCAACAGCCCCCCUGCUUACCAGGCACCUGCCCAGAGCCCUGGAAGCCCUGUCCCCUGCAGCCAAGAAAAGAGCCCAAGGGACAUUGGAGAAAAGAUCUAACCACCUCUCCCCUCUGCCCCGAGAGCCCGGCGGAGUUACUCCAGGCCUGUGGGUGGUGGGAAAAGCCAGUAGAUCAACCUCUACAGCUGGAGGGCCCAUAGGUUACUGCCUUGUGCCUCAGCGUCCCCACAGGGGGCCUGCCUCCACCUCCGCUGUGUCAGGGAGAGUUUCACUCUGGGGCCCUCCCCUCGCAGGAGGUCAAGGAAGAAACCUGAUGCCCUAUCGAGGCAUUUCCGAAGCGCACCAGGACGGGUAUGCAGUCUGCGCCCCGGGAGCAACCCCGGGGGCCUCCAUCCUUGCCCAAACGCAGCCCAUGGGGGGGCAGCCAGUUCGUCCCAUCGGCCCCCCACUUCCCCAUUGGCUUCUGGUAGCUCUCGCAUGCGGUUUUAUUAACAGCAGUCUAGAAGCGAUGCUUUAGUGGCCUAACCCAGAGUUAAAUACUACUCUUUCCAGCAAAAUCCGGCAGCUCGCCCCGCCUGCAGGAGGCACUGAUUAGUCUACUAACAGCCAAAGGCCCGCACCAGGAGGGGCUGAGCCCCCAGGGUUGCUGGCAGGUGGUAAGAAGCCAUCUGCCUGCGAGCGUCUCCGCCUGCCCAGUGUGGGCUCAGCCGUGCCCCAUCCCCAAGCCCUCCCGCCCCCUUGUCCUCCCCAAAGUGGAAUUGUUGAAGUGUGGCGAGUCCGUGCUCGAGACAAUAAAGCUUGUGACUGACGUCCAGGA